GUUUCCACGCACCAUUGUUUGAAUUUUUUUUUUUUUUUAAAGUAAGACUAGUCAGUUUUCAGAAAUUUGACUUAAGAAAAAAAGCUCGCUGUUUUCUGUCACGAGCUUAAAGUUGUCAUGGUCAACAAGCAACGCAGCGACACAUAUCUCAAGGCUUUCGAGAGGAGACUGACUGAAUAUAUUCAUUGCUUGCAACCUGCCACUGGGCGGUGGAGAAUGCUUCUUAUAGUGGUAUCUGUCUGUACAGCUACUGGUGCCUGGAACUGGCUAAUAGAUCCUGAGACACAAAAGGUGUCCUUCUUCACGUCAUUGUGGAAUCAUCCAUUUUUCACUAUUAGCUGUAUCACGCUAAUAGGCUUGUUCUUUGCUGGAAUCCACAAGAGAGUAGUUGCACCAUCAAUUAUAGCUGCUCGAUGUCGAACGGUAUUAGCAGAAUACAAUAUGUCUUGUGAUGAUACAGGAAAACUAAUUUUGAAACCUAGGCCUCAUGUUCAAUGACAGUCGGCACUCACUAUUAGAGGACCUAAAACCAUUUCCUUCAAAUAAGUGACACAACAAAAAAGCCAUAAAGGGUUCUUUUGGAGUUAGAUAUGUGAAGGUUCUAACAACUGACGAGAAGUGUGCAAUAUUUCCCCAGAUGAUCUCGGUGAUGAUGACUGAGUGCUCAGCGCUCCGGAACCUUGGAUUGCCCUGUUCAGUAUUAGUGUCACUUUAGGACUUCAGCUCUGCAGCGGUCUUUGCAGAUGAAGUAUGUUGUAUAUUACUAAGUCAAACUUAGAAACCAAACCUCAUCCAGUUUUUAUAAUGUAUUUUUGCAAACUACUGUAAAUAGCAAAUCAAUGCCAAUGUUAAACCAAGAGGAAAAUGUGUGGACUUUGUUUUCCUGCACCAGUAUUUCUGGAACAUCUGCUUGGCAUCCACAGCUCCUUAAAACUGGCUAUGAUGUGUGCCUUUCAUCAUUAACUCCUCUUUUCAUUGUACUGCAGGAAAAUAUGAAAUCCCACUUAGACUGAGCAAAACUCAUCUCCAUUAUGUUGAAGAAAUUAUAGAUGUUUUGACAAGCAAGUUUUUGUUGCACCAGAUACUGAAUUCCAGCAACUAUUGUGGUAAUUUUCAGUUCACUGCCUUCAUUUAACACUAAAUUACUUUAUAUGUUUUUAUAGAAUUUUUAAAACACCCCAAAGUCUUCUGAAUGUACAAGUUUAAAUUAUGUAUUAUCUGGGAAUUUGACAGUCAUUGUGUAGGUAAUUGGAUCUUAUGCUGUGGUAGACAUGCUGUUACGCUAGUACUGCCCUGGUGUGACUGAUGGUCCCACUCUAGAACCAGUAACGCGGGAGCCGUGCCACAAACUAGAGCCUGCAGUUCUCACUGUUAGAGAGUGUUCUGUUAGAGUGUUCAUGACAUACUGUGUAUGCAGAACAGCCACGUGUACUAUAAUAACCCUAAAAAUUAAAACUAUUGGGAUCGCUGUAAAUAUUUUAAAGUACUGGAGGUGCCUUUAACCUGUUUAUUAGAUUUUGAAAAGGUUUAAAUUAUUUCAUGAGAAAUCUUUUAAAUUUCAUUUGACAUAAAGCUGAAAUUUCGAUAAUAGGACAAACUCUUUUUUAAUAAACCUACAGUUAUUCAUCUUGGCUUUCACAUGUAUAGACUUGUGUUCUUUGACCUGCAGCAAUAAAGCCCUCUCUGCUCCUAAGAAGUCUUCAGAGGGCAUUCUAUAUAUUCUGCUUUGUUUUGUUUCCUGUAAAUUUUGUAGGUAAAUAUGUGCAUAAAAAUAAAUACUUUAUAUAUAACUAGUAA